CUUGACGGUUCUACGUGACAUUCGAUUUGGCUGUAAUUCUGCACAGCGAACAGUUUUCUCAAUUGUCAAUUCUAAACCUGUUCGUUUUUGCGUUUGCCCAUUGUUGAACCGGCAAUGUAGAAAGACCAUUUCCCUAAUUGCCGUCGCCGAAUGGUGCUGCCACCUACUAAUAAAGAUCAUCACUUUUUUUUAAUUUAAGGAUUGAAAACAAAUCGCAUCAAUCAUGAGAAAAAGGAAGCCCAUUAAGUGGCCAAUAAAUCCAAUUACACCCUAAGGAAUGUUAAAAGUGCUUAGUUCUCCGAUUUUCGUUAAUGGUUCGACGAUUGGAUUCGUUCUUACUGGCUUCCUGGAUUAAAAUCAAAAGAGAAUACUUCUAUAUAAUACUCUAGUCAUCGACAAAAGAGAAAUGUCAGCGGGGAAAUGUUCAAGGUCAUAAGUCUUAAACAGUCCUUUUGGAGGCCUGGAAUAAAGAUGACGUUGCAUAUUUUCGAAUGCCGAAGGGCCUACAAUCUCCCCCUCGGAACGAAAACGUGUCUGGACCUAGAGGACUGCCUUUGGCGGGUUACAUCCCAUUCCUAUCGAAACUUGAUCCGGAAUAUCCUCAUCUGGGACUCAAAAAGUUAGCCGAUCAAUACGGACCAGUAACGGGCUUCUAUUUAGGACCUAGUCAGCCGUUCAUUUCCGUCUGUGGAUACGAAGCUAUCAAAGAAGCACUAUACAAUGAUGAUCUUGCUGGACGACCUGACAAUGCAGCUAGAAGGGAACGAACUUUUGGUCAACGACUCGGUGUUGUGCAUAAUGAUGGGCCAGAAUGGCAAGAACAACGGAGAUUUUCUCUACGUCAUUUAAGAGAUUUAGGUUUUGGAAAGACUUCGUCCGAGGGAUUGAUUCGUGAAGAAAUUGAUGAUUUGAUGGAUGAAAUACGUUUGCAAUCAGGGCGUAAUCAGCCGGUGGAUUUCAAAGGCAUGUUUAACUUGUCGCUAAUUAACAUUUUAUGGGCGUUGAUUGGUGGGGAACGGUUCAAAAGGGAUGAUGUCCGACUAGCCCGCCUCCUCGAUAUUGUCGACAGUUUCAUCCACAGUGCAAAUUUCACGCGGGCAAAUAUUCCAUUUCCGGCGAUUUUCCUACGCCUUUUCCCAUCUACGACGAGGAAUUUCCUGGGAUUACGAAACGAUCUUUUUACUCCGCUUCAAGAUUUCAUUCGGGAUAGAAUUCAGGAGCAUGUCAAGGAUCGAUCAGAUGAUGAACAGAGAGAUUUUAUUGACGUCUAUCUACAAGAAAUGACGAAGCGUCAAUCUGAAGGAGAUUCUUCAUUUCACGAGAACCAGUUGAUAGGAGUCAUUAUUGAUUUAUUUAUCGCUGGAGCCGAAACUACGAGCGGUUCUAUCGGUUUCGCUCUUUUGUAUCUUUUACAUCAUCCAGAAAUCCAGCAAAAAAUUCAAAAAGAACUCGACCAAGUUUGUGGUGAUUCUCUACCUCAGUUGGCCCAUCGUUCCAGUUUGCUGUAUACGGAAGCCGUUCUGAUGGAAGCACAGCGUCUUGCAAACAUCACUCCGUUGGCUGUAGCUCACAAAGCUUUAAGGGACACUCAUCUCCAUGGCUAUUCUAUUCCUAAGGAAAGUAUCGUGACAGUGAAUCUUUUUACGGUUCACCAUGACAAUGAUUUUUGGAAAGAGCCGGAAAUUUUCCGUCCUGAGAGGCACUUGACUCCAGACGGCAGAAAAUUGAUCAAAACUGAUCACCUCUUACCGUUCAGCGCUGGCAAAAGGGCUUGUUUAGGAGAGCCCUUGGCUCGUAAUACGUAUUUCUUGUUUAUGACUUCCUUGCUAAAAACAUUCGAAUUCCGGCCUAUCCCUGAUCGCCCUUUACCAACACUCAAACCCAAAAAUGGUUUGACAUUAGGCUACGACGGAUUUGAAGCCAUUGUCACCCCAAGAACUUGAGAAACUCGAUAUUUUUCUACAAUGACAUUUUUUAAAGAAAUUAAUCAGUUUUUAUUAAUGCGUAGAAUUUUAUAGAAAAUAAAGAUUGUAUUGGCCAACGUUGUGGAUAACCUCGAGAGACAUUAGAAGUAGAAAAGCCUUUGAUUUGAAGAAAUCAGGCGCUGCGCUGUGAAAAAAACCUGCUUUCAGCAUAAGCUUGCCCGCAUAGUUUGGCCAGCAUCAAAAGGACUUACGCAGCAAAGAUAAAACAUUUUUCUUUUUGAUUUUUCUUUUCUUUAUAGGCACACGUCUAAUUAUGUGACAUAGUUGCAAAUGAAAAAUCUGGGUCCGUCUUCUUUUGAUCAAAAUAGCUGUGAUUGGCGAAUCCCCGAAUGAGUGGAACGAUAUGGAAGUAAUAAAGAAAUCCUUAUUAUUUCAAUCCCGAGAUCUGCAUGGAUACACGUAGAAUCCUCUUUGAAAAGAAGACAGAUUCAUAAAUAUUAAGUACAUAUCUACAAGCUCUUUUGUUCAAACAAGUGAUCUUCGACUGUUGCGGCGCAUUCGACAGAUCCCCCGAGAAAAUUACGUAAGGGUAAAUAAUAUCACCAUAGCGACGCGUAACAUGUCUCAGCAAUCCUAGCAGCAGCCAAGCAGCCGUUCCUUUAUAGACCAAAGAAACGGGUAGGAUCUGCGACAUCAGCAGUAUACAUAUGGAAACUUAUUAUACCCCUUUCCGGAGGAACGCACGUCUACGAGAUGGAAGAAGGCAACAAUACGGGUCCUGAUGGAGCCAGCGGGACUCCCAACACAUGUAAUAGG